AUCUAUGUUUGUUUCAGAAUGUUUUCGACUUCUGUAAGCAGACAUCCGAGAGCAUGCUACUAAAGACAGAAGAUGCUGUUAAUUUCCUUUUCAAAGAGUACAACAUACUGCAGGAAACAAUGACUGAUUCACAACACAUGAAGAUGACAAAGAGAAGGGUGUCCAGCAUAAAACUUCCUACCAGCUUACAAAAUGAUAUUCAAUUGCAAGAAAGAUGGAGAAGGAAAUCACCAAAGGAUGGUUUACAUAAACAAUCUGUCGGGACCUUGAGGGUUAAAAAAUCAGACGUAGUCUCGAGUCAUAUAAAGACGCUGCGAAAGGAGAUAUCGGAGUCCAUGGCCCCAGUUGUCCAGAAGGCUUACACAAGUGAUUGCUGGAAAGAUGGAAAGUUUGUUCCGGAGCUUAAACCAUUCAUAAGGAAAUGUACUUUUCUCUGUUGGAUGAUGGUUGUUCAGGCACCUUCAAUGAAUUUUCAUAUGGUUGAUGCGAACAAGGAUGUUAAUUUUGACAAGAAUAUGUAUAAAGAAUACACAUCUAGGGGACCACUGAUAAAGUAUGUUGUUUGGCCAGCUUUGUUGCUACAUGAGGACGGACCGAUGGUCAGCAAAGGUGUUGCACAGGGAUAUGAUUACUCUUGAAAACUUACAUUAAUCUUGAUGAAAAGAAUUACAAUGCAAACUUGAUUUAAAGAGAUAAGCAAGUGCAUCGUUCUUUCUCCGUUCUGAAUCGAAAUUUUUUUAGUUCUGAUAUAUGGACCAAUGGUUGGCAAAGGUGUUGCACAGGGAUAUAUGAUUACUCUUGAAAACUUCCAAUUCUUUAUGAAAAGAACAUGUGCAGACUUGACUUAAAGAGAUAAGCAUAGCUCUUUCUCCGUUCUUAAUCGGAAAAGUUUUAGUUUUUAUAUGUUCAUUGCCUUUUAGAGGUAUAUCUGAAUCAACGUCAAGAAACAUAUUGUUUCUACCAUGAAAAUUUAUAAAUGUAAAAAUAUGUACAAGAAGUGCAUACAUAAAAGUUACAGACUA